AUGCUGAGCUUUCUAUUUUUCUUUUGUGAAAAUUUUGGGACAAGAGAAAUUAGCGACAGGGUUUUCGAUGAAAAGGCAAAUACAGUGACAAUCACUGUAAUAUGUUGUAAUCCCGAGAAGAUUCGUGACAAAUUGUGUUGCAAGGGUGGCAAGAUUAUUAAGUGCAUUAAAAUCAAAGAGCCUCCAAAGCCGAAACCCGAAGAGCCCGGGAAGCCUAAAGAGCCAAAGAAAACCAAAUCAAAAUGCAAGGAAAAUGCACCACCACUGGCUGCCCCUAAGCCCAAACCACCGACUUACCCCGCACCCGGGCCGCCAGUAGGACUCCCGCCGCAUCAUCCAGUCAAUCCUUGCUGUGGGCCGUGCUACCAUGGUUGUGGCCUUCCGCCGCCGCCGCCACAGCCGUGCUGCGUCGGGAAUUAUGCAUGUGGACGUGGAUAUGUAUAUGGCAGGCCGCCUUGCUGUGUUACGAAGAGGUGCGAUUACUUCAGUGAAGAAAGCACAACAGGCUGCACAAUUAUGUAA